UCCGUAUCAUCUUCAAAUUGCACUGCUUUCAUUCUCCUUCCUUCAUAGCUCCUCUUUUUUUUCUUUUUCUUUUUUGAGUUUUCAUCAUCAAAAUUCAAAAAGAACCCUUUUCCUUGAAGAACCAGAGAAUAAAAAAUGGCAGGACUCACAGCACCUUCAGAUUAUUCCAAAGAGCCUCCUCGUCACCCUUCUCUUCAAAUUAACGCCAAGGAACCCUUUAAUGCGGAGCCACCUCGUUCUGCUUUGAUUGCGUCGUAUGUUACUCCUCCGGAUUUCUUUUACAAGAGGAAUCAUGGCCCAAUACCCAUCGUUGAGGACAUAGACAGAUAUUGCGUAUUAAUUUCUGGUUUGGUGGAAAAUCCAAAACAGCUUUUCAUGAAAGAUAUCAGGAUGCUGCCUAAGUAUAAUGUCACUGCCACAUUGCAGUGUGCAGGUAAUCGAAGGACUGCUAUGAGCAAGACCAAAACAGUGAAGGGAGUUGGCUGGGGUGUUUCUGCAAUUGGAAAUGCUGUUUGGGGUGGUGCCAAAUUGACUGAUGUUCUUGAACUUGUUGGAAUUCCAAAGUUGACAAGUGCUACUCAAUUUGGUGGAAAACAUGUUGAGUUUGUAAGCGUUGAUAAGUGUAAGGAGGAAAAUGGAGGCCCAUACAAGGCAUCGAUACCACUCAGCCAGGCCACUAAUCCUGAAGCAGAUGUUCUACUUUGUUAUGAAAUGAAUGGAGAAACUCUUAACAGGGAUCAUGGGUACCCAUUACGUGUGAUUGUUCCUGGUGUCAUUGGAGCUCGGUCUGUUAAAUGGCUGGAGGCUAUCAAUAUCAUUGCAGAAGAAUGCCAGGGUUUCUUCAUGCAAAAGGACUACAAAAUGUUUCCACCAUCAGUGAAUUGGGAUAAUAUCAAUUGGUCAAGCAGGAGGCCCCAAAUGGAUUUCCCUGUUCAGUGUGUUAUAUGCUCUCUAGAAGAUGUGAGCACAAUAAAGCCUGGGAAGGUAAAAAUUAUUGGAUAUGCAGCAUCAGGUGGUGGCAGAGGCAUUGAGAGAGUUGAUGUGUCUGUUGAUGGAGGCAAAACUUGGAUGGAAGCCUCAAGAUUUCAGAAAAGUGGCGUUCCCUAUUUACCAGAUGAUGCCAACAGUGAUAAAUGGGCAUGGGUGCUAUUUGAGGUCACAGCUGAUAUUCUUCACAGCACUGAGAUUAUUGCAAAAGCGGUAGAUUCAGCUGCAAAUGUUCAACCUGAAAAGGUUGAAGACAUUUGGAACCUCCGAGGGAUAUUAAACACUUCAUGGCAUCGAGUACAAGUUCAAGCAAGUCGCUCAAACUUAUAAAAGUAGUACCAAUUUUCAAGUCAAGCCUUUAUGACCCUUAUGCUUCCAACUUUAAUGUUUGGUUGUUUUUGAAGCUUCUUACUGAACAGGCAUCGCCAUCAGCUGUAUAAAAUUUUUUUAUAUAAAUGAACCACGGGGAA